ACAUGCUUACCAAGUGUGCCGCAAAAGAAGCCGGCGAGAAGGGCAUUCGGGUCAAUACUGUUGCCCCAGGACCCACGUUGCCCGGUGAGAGAGCAUUGAUAAACGAUGGAUAGAUGCCACAGACAAUUAUGCGUGUGUCUGUGCGUGUCUGUGUUGUGCGUGUGUGCAGGAUUGCUUCCCGAGGACUUCAAGGUAACGAAAGACAUGGAACGAGUCAUGCAGGGCGACAUCAUUCACACGCUCUUCUUGCCGUGUGCAGAACCAGAUGGAGCAGAUGUCGCCGUUCAAGAGGAUCGGCGAGGCGAGGGAGGUCGGGUCCCUGUGUGUGGCGAUCGCCAGCGACGAUAUGGGCUGGGUGUCGGGGCAGGUCAUUAGCGCUGAUGGGGCGGCCUUCUGCUGACUGACUGAGUGCAUCGGCCCCUUCAUCCGACCGUCGUCCGUGUGUGGCUUUUUGACCCCUGCGUACGACGGAAUUUUGGCUCGUUGCGUGCGUGUGUUGUCAUGAGUGAGAGUUUCUUCUGCCGAGUAUGGGAGCGUUUCUCUCCCACUGUCGGGUGGGUACAUACGUCGUCCAGAUGACCCACAUGGAUUUGAAAAUGCCAUGGAUUUGAGCACGUGUGGUCAAUGCAUCCAUUCAUACGUCCGUUCAUACAUUGAUAAGAGCAUGCAUGGAGUGUGCGGCCGCCAUGCGUGUUGGGGUGAGAGACGUGUUUGGGUGAGUGAGUGGUCUGUCUGUCUCUAUGUGUCUGUCUCUUUGGUCUUGAUUAUUGGACAGCACGCUGCUGUUGAUGGUGCGACGCACGGGGGUGUGUUUUCUAGUGGUCACACACUAAAGCUCAUUGGGGUGCAUGUGUGUGUGUGUGUGUGUGUGUGUAUGCACCGGCCGUCGACUUGAUACAUGUAACCUGAUCAAUCGACUGACUGACUCAGCC